AUGGAAAAGGGGAAGGAUAAAAGGAACUCACAGGGAGAUGUCUUCGCUCCCGCAGAGGAAAGCCAACCGGGAAAGACAUCGAAAGGAGAAAGUGAACAAACAGCUGUUAGGGGCAUGUCUGCCCUCCGUAAGAUCCUCUACCUUCUAAUCCCCCUAUCGGUGAAGCUCCCUCUAUUGGCAAAACUAAUCCUGCUCUUCCUUCUGUCCAAGUUGUUAAAACACGCAGUAAGUAAUGUGCUCAUUCACUUCCUCUAUCGAAAAAAUGACGAAGCAUUUCAACAACUCAUCCAACUGCUUCUCCUAGAAAUGCGCCUGAACGGAGGAAAAAAAAAGGAAAGGAACAAAUCAAAUUUCAAAACAGUGCGUCCAAUGGUUGAUGGUGUAUACAGUAACAUACAAGGAAUGAUGAAAUACAUCAUCCGUAUGUACUUUUUCCUUUAUGGGAUUCGAUACAGUGGAUUGCUCCUUCCUGAGGAUAUAGAUGAAAAAGCUGAACUUAUGUCUACUCCCAGGAGGGUGAGUAAUCUCUGGGUAUUGCGAGGGGCUUACCUCAAUUUGUUUGUCGCUUUGUUGGGCCACCCAGGGGAGAGCGACAAAGCAGAAUGCCAACUUCACCAUUGGGAGUGUAAGUAUCCCGACCCAGCUGAACGGAACCUCUACAAAAACAUACGAGAUCUGUACAAGGUGAAAUAUCAGAAGGAAUAUGAGAUAAUGAUGCGCAGUGAAUACUUUUUCCUUCUUCAACGUUUUUGUGAAUUCGUUCAACACACAGGAAGGAAAGCUUUCUCCUAUAUCCACCUCGUUAUCCUAAGCACCAUGUCUAUUUAUUGCUUGUGCAGAAGCCUCUUCCUUUUAACACAUCACAUACAUGUCCUGGAAAAGAAGAAGCUAUACGAGCGAUGUUGCGAGGGGGGAAGUGCAUCGAACGAGUUGUUUCGUCUACUCAUCGAAUCGGUUGCGCACAUGAGUGAAGAUCUGGCAAGGGAGGAAGAAUCCACCUGUGCAGAGGGCAACCACCUCGACGACGUCAUCGUCCACAAUGACAAUGACAACGACAAUGACAACGAUGUCGACAACGAUGUCGACAACGAUGAUGAUGAUGAAGAUGAUGAUGAUGACCUCCCGAAUGGACAGCUCCACAUCUACGAGGCAAUGCAAAACAAACUGCGCCUCUGCCUCAACAUGAUCAAUAGAAUAAAAAAUAAACACCCUAGGUAUGCAACUAAAAUGUUGGUGAAGCAGAAGCAGGCGCGGGCGCAGGACCUCCCUGGCUAUGAACAACCUGUGCCUACGUGUGAACCCCACAAACAAAAGGAAGUGUACGAAACGGAACCAUCAAACGGUCAGACGGAAGGAGAAACUGCAUUCGAUGAUCCUAUCUCGCAAAGGAAGGAAGAACAAAGGGAUGGAAGCUUGACAUAUUCCGUUUAUUUGUAUGAAAGUAGAACCGAUGAAAAGGAAACGCAAAGGGAGAUAAAGCGCCAAAUGGAAAGUACCUCCGUUGAAAAUAUCUCUGCGGAACACUCCUCUCAACAGAGGCAAUCCCAGAGGGAGAAAAAAGAGGAAAAUCGCACAGAGGGUAAUCGUACCAAUGCACCAAUCGAUAAUCAUAUUGCAUGCUGUGGAAACGUUGACGAAAUGGACAAGAAACACAUGGAGGGGGGAUCUUCUCCACACCACUGUGCCGAUCCGCAUGGAAGAAGCAAACCUCCCUCUAAUUUGAGCUAUGAAGUUUUAAUUAACGAACUGAAAGGUACGUUUACAAAGAAGAAGAGAUACAUAUAUCUGCGUAAAAAGCUAUGCUUUGAUGAAUCGGUUGGAGAGUUUGUCAUGAGGGAGGUUUCGUCGAACGGAAAGGGGAGGAGCGCCGAGGGGGGCGUUGAUCAAUCUGUUGAUCAUCCAUCUGUUGAUCAUCUAUCUGUUGAUCAUCCAUCUGUUGAUCAUCCAUCUGUUGAUGAUAGGAGUGAUGACAGCGGAGGCACGAAGCAACGUAGCCACGUGAGAGCGCCAAGCGGAGAAAACACCCGCGAAGAGGACCAUCUCAGGCCAAUGGUUGAUGUGUCCACCUUCCGACAGAGCAUCGCGGCUGCCAUCUCGCGUGACAGGAACAUCUAG